GACAUCGCCGCCAUCCCCGCCAUCAUACAUACUACACUAGCAUCACUGCUAUUACAAAUAUUACCUUGUUUCAUCGACUAUGUUCUCAUAAUUCGAUAACCACCUAUAUUCCUAAUGUAGCUCUUAUCGCCGACGACGUCGACGCUGCCGUCGCCACUGCUGCUGCUGCCGCCGCCGUCGUCGUCGUCGUCGUCGUCAUCACCAUCAUCCUCAUCACCAUCGUCCUCAUCAAUACUAUUACCAUCAUCGCUGCUGUCGCAUCCCCCUCCUCAAUAGCAAUAACUAUAAAAGAUAUCUGCUGUUUAGUCUAACCUUACUGUUGUUUCUGCUGUUGCUGCUACAGCUGCUGCGGCUGCUGCUGUUGAUCCUAUUCUUGCUGCUGCUUCUGAUGAUGUGGCGGCGCUCAUGUGUAAUGUACAGUGCGGCGGCGGGCGAUAAACAUGAAUUACGGCUGUAGCUGGGUGCUCAUAUCGCCACAACCGAUCUCGACAGCGGUGCGGCCUUACGCAGAAGGGCGCCCCUGAAAGCUGUUUUUAAGCAAUUGUUAACAGCUAAAUGCCACUGUCUUCUUCGAUACAAAAAGGACUAGUGGAUGACCUCAGUAACACAGUGGAGCUGGUCUUUAGCAUUUACAUGGCACCUCCCUUUCGGACUAACAACCGGUUGAAAAUACAGAUUCUACAUAUUCCACUAUGCGUCUCCCCAUGACAUCUGUAGGAAGGGCAUUGUUUCUUGUCGUGCUUGUAUAUGCCCAAGUGAAUUUACAAGCUCAAACAACCGAAACAACGGUAGAUAAUUCUACUGCUAUAAUAAAUGAUCAAGAAGAAAUGAUAGCUGAAGAUGAAAAUAAAACAGAUCAAAUACAAACUAAACAGUGUCGAACUCGUGUGUCAGCCGCUUUCAAUCAUAACCUGCCUGUCUCUGAGGAGAAGCUCCUGGUGAAGCGCCUGCUAGAUCGGUAUGCCCGACUAGGAAAGAUAGGCAGGCCCGUGCUCAACACAUCGGAGACCGUCACCGUCAACUUUGACCUCAGCCUCAUUCAGAUUGUCGAUGUAGAUGAAAAAAAUCAAGUACUAGUGACAAAUAUCUGGUAUAACUAUGUUUGGACGGACCAUCUUUUGAAAUGGGAUCCAGAAGAACAUGGCAAUAUUUCAAACAUCCGCGUUCCAUCUGACAGAAUCUGGCUACCCGACAUCUUAUUAUACAACUUUGCUGAUACUCGUUUGAAAGAACAACGGGAGGCUUUGGUCGUGGUUAACUAUACUGGCGGUACUCUUUGGAUGCCUCAAGCGAUUCUUAAAAGCUCUUGUUUCUUCGACAUCACCUUUUUUCCGUUUGACGAUCAAGAGUGUAAGCUCAAAUUUGGUUCGUGGACAUAUGACGGAUUCAAGGUGGACGUGGUGUUUCGCUCUGCUCCGAAAAUGGAUUUAAACGAUUAUAUGUUAAGUAAUGAGUGGGAUAUCAUGGAAAAUGUCGCGGUGAGGAAUGUGCGAAAGUAUGCGUGUUGCCCAGAGCCCUAUCCCGAUUUAACUUUUCGACUUCGACUACGAAGAAAAGUAGCUUUUUACAGUUUUAUCCUCAUCCUCCCCUGUGCUCUUUUAUCUUUGUUAACGUUGGUUAUCUUCUGGGUUCCACCAGAAUCUCCAGCUAAACUUCAGUUAGGAAUGAACAUUUUCGUCGCCUUUUUCCUCUUGUUGCUAUUGCUGGCCGAGUCAGUCCCUCAUGCCGCAACAGUUCCAUUGAUAGGUGCAUAUUUUUGCCUUAGUAUGGUGAUGAUUACCCUAUCCACAGUAUUUGCUUGUGUUGUUGCGAAUAUGUUUUUCCGUGGUGUACGUGUGCAUAGAGCACCGUACUGGCUGCGUGCAGUUAUGAUUGACGGAAUAGCGCGUGUCCUUUUUCUCCGCGACCAAGUGAUGGACAAGAAUCAUAAAGAACAAUCCAAAAUGCGAAAUUGGAAUGUAAAGGUGACUGGCGAAAAUAACAAGAAAUUUCCUGCAGCCGAUGCGAAAUUUGCGAAGGUGCGAUUACUUGAAAAUAAAGACGAAAAAAUGUCUGCAUCAUCGGAUACACUUGAACCCUCGGUUCCUGAUACGGUCAUAGAACAACAUGAUGAUAGACAGUCUCUGAUGCGCUCUGCCAUUCUCGAAGAGGUCAAAGCUAUCCGGGAAAUGUUGGAUAAAGUCCAAGAAAAAAAAAUGAAAUUGGAAGAACGUGAAAAAUUGGUGCGAGAAUGGCGAGUGAUAGCUUGCGUUACAGAUAGACUGUUUUUUAUCGUGUACGUAUUGGUCAACGUUAUUGGGGUUCUAGUGAUAUUUGUUAGAAAAUAAGACAAAACAGGCUUCCAUUUUGCAUGGAUUAACAUGAGGUUUCCGUUUGUAAUCUUCUUCUUGUCCUCUACCUACACCUUCUUUGCCUCUAAAUUCUCAAUGCAAUUUAUAUUGAUAUAAUAUUUAUAAUAUAUUGCUCUAACCACACAGAUAUAUAUUUAUAUACACACACAUAUACUCACAUAUAUCUUAAUGUAUGUGUGUGUGUGUCUCUACAUACACUUACAUUAAUAUGUAUUUACAAGCAUAUUUAUGUAUGUGUAUAUGUCGAGAUAUAUUUGUGUGUGCGUAAGACGAUAUAUACUUAUAUAUA